ACCCGAAAUCACGUGACAAAACACGGAAGUGCAGAAUUUCGAAUCAAGGCACAUGACAGUCUGUAAACUUUAAGUAUGCAUAGAGGAUUUGCUUAUUGAAGGAAAUGCAUUCAAGUAUACCAUUAUGCUUAAAAUAUUUAGCAUCAUUUGUUUGAUACCUCUAACCCAAUCAGCUUUGCCUUUGGUGAUCAAUACUUGGCAUUUUGAAGAUGCAACUAGCGCAGCCUGGAGCGCACUGCAGAAAGGAGGCUCGGUGGUGGAUGCGGUGGAGAGGGGCUGCGCGCAGUGUGAGCUCGAGCAGUGUGACGGAAGCGUUGGGUUUGGCGACCACCCUGACGAGCGCGGAGAGACUACAUUGGACGCUAUGAUCAUGAAUGGAGAAACAAUGGAAGUGGGGGCAGUGGGAAACCUGCUCAGGGUUAAAAAUGCUGUGGGUGUCGCUCGAGCAGUAAUGGAAUACACAGAGCACACUUUCUUAGUGGGUGAAACAGCCUCAAUCUUUGCUGAAAACAUGGGCUUUAAAUCUGAAGACUUGUCCACUAACAAAUCAAUAACUAUUUUCUCUCAGUGGUUGCAGCACAAUUGUCAACCAAACUAUAGAAAGAAUGUUUUUCCAGACCCUACCAAAUAUUGUGGGCCAUACAAACCCAAAACCAAGCUAUGGAGGUCAAAACAUCAAAAAGGAAAAAUUGACCCUAGUGCUCAUGAUACAAUUGGAAUGGUUGUGAUUGGUAAGAAUGGACAGGUGGCUGCUGCAACAUCAACCAACGGAGCGAAUCAUAAGAUACCUGGACGUGUGGGUGAUUCACCAGUGGCUGGAGCUGGAGCUUAUGCAGACAGCACAGCGGGAGGAGCUGCUGCCACUGGCGAUGGAGACAUCAUGAUGCGUUUCCUCCCUAGUUUUUUAGCUGUUGAAUUAAUGAGAUCUGGAACUGAACCCACCAUUGCCUGCAAAACAGCCAUCUCUAGAAUCAAGAAGCACUACCCAAAUUUUUUUGGAGCUGUUAUUUGUGCCAAUACUACUGGUGGAUACGGUGCUGCUUGCAACAAGCUGCCUGAGUUCAGUCAGUUCUCCUUCAUGGUGUUCAACUCGCAGACAAACAAACCUCGACAGGAGAAAGUGGACUGUUUUUAAUGACCCAAAUCCUGAUUUUUGUUCACCUAUUUCACUUCUGUUUGUUGAUUUUUAUUGAUUGAUAUGUGUAUUAUGAUCAGCUUUAUAUGCACUAUUUUUAAAAAAUAAAAAUGUGAUUAAACUGCU